AUGUUCAACUGGAUCUCGCAAUUAUGGAGUCCAACAAAUGAAGUAGGUAAUGAAGAUGAGGAUAAAUAUGGUCUUCAGAUGUCACUUACGCUUUCAUCACAGCCAGUGCUAGCAGAAUACUGGGAAGGUGUAAGAAUUGAAAACCAAAGUAUGUUAAAAGUUGUCGAGGAAGCACCGUGGUUUAGAAAAUGGAUAUGUGAAGUUCCUGAUGGUCGUCAAGACUAUCCAACAAUUAUUGUGCGUGGGAACGAAGCAAGCGAAUCUGUUUUUAUCUUGUUCGGUGAAAAUUCUCUUGACUACACAGGUGAUGGUACAACUGAAUUAAAGAAUGCGAUAGAAGAUGAAUCAUACUAUGGGAAAAGAAUAUUCAUUAAACAGUCAAAUUUUAAGAAAAUAGACCCUAUUUUAUUACAGCCAAUCAAAUUUGCAGCUGUUAAAGAUGAUGCGAAAGUGGUAUUAAAUAGCCACAGAUUUUGGAACGUCCCAAUGAUUUUUGUUGGGUUUGAGGAUGUGAAUAAUUCACACGUUUAUGAUAUGUUUGUAGAUAUAUUGAGAAUAAAUCCCAUAGGUAAAGCAAUAUCAUCAAUAGAGUUUUUGGAAUAUAUGUCCCAGCCAGUUAUAUUUUGGGUCAAACUGAAACAAAAUAGAGAUAGAAGGCCUGCAAGUGGAUAUAGCUUUGACAUAUUAGAACACAAAAUUAAUAGUGGUGUCGUAACUAAGGAAUUAUUUGAAAUAUUGCGAGAUUCAUAUCUGAAGGGUAUCGGCAGAAAACUAGUAUCAACAAAAGAGGGCCUUGAAAAUAAUUACCUCCAACCACAAUAG